AUAUCUCGUGCCAGCAAAAUAUGUGAGCACGUCUUUCUACGAAUCUACCAUAGACUGACGGUUCUAGUCUUCCGGUACGGAGGCGCGGAAGCAUCUCAGUGUUGACCGUGCCCGGUGUUUUGUGCCAGGUCAUCUCAAGCAGCUGUGUCGGUAUUCGACGGCCCCAUUAGCUGUCAAAGACAAUGCACACAGCCUUGCCCAACGAGCACAGCCUCCUUUUGUGACACCUUUGUCGCCUUUACCCCAGACCGUACUCGCUUAUGCUACACUUGGGCGACACGACGCUCAGUCAGCACGCGCAGCGCUGCUGCUCUGGGCCCAUACCCGCCCAACUCCGGGGAGAAAAGUUGAGGAACAGACGUGUUCUUUAUAAAAGGUAGCUGUUCGCCCCAGUCCUGCUACUCCACAAGUCAAUUGGGAUCGCUCGACAUGCAGCCCCUUCAGCAAGUCGACACUGGUAAGCAGGACCGCGAGGAGUUUGUUGAAAACAUCUCCGAUGGCAAAUUGUCCAACCCAGACCUCCACUCCGGCAAUGAGGACUACUACAAGAGCUACAAUAUCAGCAAGAUCAUCCGCAAGAUGGACUUGCGCAUCUUGCCAGUGAUGUCGGCUCUCUACCUCAUGUCCUUCCUUGACAGAACCAACAUUGGUAAUGCCCGCAUUGCGGGCAUGGUUACAGACCUCAAGCUGCGUCCUGCGCAGUACAACUGGGCAGUGACGUCCUUCUUCUUCACAUACUUCAUUAUUGAAGCACCAUCUAACUUGAUGUUGAAGAAAUUCGGUGCCAAGAUCUGGCUGCCUUUCAUCAUGGUUCUGUGGGCAGCUUGCUGUCUUGGCCUCGGUUUCGUCACCAAUUACACAACCUUGCUCAUCACUCGUUUGGCUCUUGGUCUUGCCGAGGGAGGUCUCUUCCCCGGUGUUGCUUACUACCUCACUACAUGGUACCCGCGCUCCAUGAUUGCUUUCCGCAUUGCCAUUUUCUUCAGCGCAGCGACCAUUGCAGGAGGCUUCGGUGGUCUAUUGGCUUAUGGCUUCCAGAACAUGAACGGCCUUGGUGGCAAGACCGGAUGGGAGUGGAUCUUUAUCAUGGAAGGCCUGAUCACCUUCGCUGUUGCGAUCCUUGGGUAUUUCCUCAUCCCCGAGUCACCGAGCAAGGUCAAAUGGCUCAACCAAGAGGAACGAGAUGUUAUGUCUUGGCGUAUCGCUCACGAUGGUGACCUUCGCGUACCUAUGGACGACUCAUUCAGGUGGGCUUACGUUGGUGAUGCCCUCACCGACUGGAAGUUGUGGCUCAACUUGAUUACAUACUGGGGUGCUGCAGUGCCACUUUACUCUGUUGCUUUGACACUUCCCUCCAUCGUCCGCGGUAUGGGUUACACAUCGAUCGACUCAGCACAACUACACACUGUCCCUGUCUACAUUGUUGGCUGCGUUUUCGUUGUUCUUGCUGCUUGGGUUUCUGACAGGUGGAAGCGAUCGCCCGUUGUCAUCAUCAUGCUCUGUAUCGCAGUCCUCGGAUGGGGCCUUGCCCUCGGCUUGCCAGCUCGCAACAACGCUGCUCGUUACACGUCCAUGUUCUUUGCUUGCAUUGGUUCCUACGGAUCGUUCGUUCCUCAACUCGUCACAUUGACCUCCAACGUUGGUGGCAAGACCAAGCGUGCCACGGCCAUCGGUAUCCAAGUCGGUGUCGGUGGUCUUGCUGGUGGUGUUCCUCCUUGGCUCUUCCGUGCCAGCGAGGCACCCAACUACCCAUUCGGCUGCAAGAUCUCCAUGGUCUUUGCCAUUAUUGGUAUCGUCUCCACGUCCAUUAACUGGUUCCUCUUGACGAUUGCCAACAAGCGCAAGGAUGAAAUGAUCAGCUCUGGCCGUGCUGCUGAGCUCAGUGACAAGGAGCUUUCCGAGAUGGGCGACAGGUCGCCUUACUUCCGUUACAGCUACUAGACUGUGGAUCUGCUUUUAUUCAAUCUUUAUAUAUUCAAGAAUCUAGGUAGACGGAAUCUAUUGCUACAAUGAAUGAUAUGUAGCUUGAGAGCUAGCCGCAUCAUCUCCUCACCUCCCAGGAUGCUGCACCUGUACUCUAUGAAGCCGGAUGCCCAACUUAGCCCGUGUCCAGCCGCCUGAUUAAUUCAGAUGGUCAAAAGACCAAGAAUUGGAGUACACGUGCACAUCAAGAUGGCUCAACUUGGCUGCAGGGUGAGCUGCGAUCUUACCCGACAUCACUUCAGCUGCAGAAAGAUGCGCAUGAUUAAGUGCGCAACUAUUGAAAUUAUUUAAAAGGCUCAAGAUCCUGAAGGGAUGUUAAAUCUUGCAUCGCCGUCGAAUUAGAGCGCUGCGCUGAUGAUAACGACCUUGCGUCUACAC